AUGGCUAAUUCAUAUAGAACGGGUAAUUCCAUUGACAGACUGAGAAUAGGAGAUGAACUAAUUGAAGAUAAAGGAAGGAUACAGAAUGGCAUUCUGGAGUAUUAUCAGCAAAUAUACAAGGAAGCUGAAUCCUGGAGACCCUCAACUGUUUUUGAUAACAUGUCCACCCUAAGUAUAGAAGAAAAGGAGGAACUUGAACUUCCUUUCACUGAACUGGAGAUCUCUAAUGCUCUUAUGGCUUGUGCCCCUGACAAAGCCCCAGGACCUGAUGGUUAUACCAUGGCUUUCUUCCAAAAAUCAUGGUGUUUCAUUAAAGAGGAUAUACUAGCAGCUUUCAAUUUCUUUCACCAGAAUUGCCAAAUGGUGAGGUCUUGUAAUGCUUCUUUUAUUGCUCUAAUCCCAAAGAAGAAAGGUGUUGUAGAGCUUAAUGACUAUCAGCCUAUAAGCCUCAUAGGCAGUGUUUGUAAGUUUUUGGCUAAAAUCCUAGCAGAAAGGAUGAAAAGGGUGAUGAAUUCUUUAGUCUCGGGGCAGCAGAGUGCUUUUUUAAAGAAUAGGCAAAUAAUUGAUGCAUCCUUGAUUGCUAAUGAGGUGCUAGACUGGAGAAUCAAGAGUGUGAAGUUCUCAGUUUUUAUCGACAGAAGUCCAGUUGGAUUUUUCUCUACUCAAAAGAGGUUGAGGCAGGGGGAUCCACUCUUUCCUUAUCUAUUCAUUCUGGCUAUGGAAGGACUAUCUCAGUUACUAUCUUGGGCUAAAGAACUUCAAUGGAUUCAAGGAUUUCAAGUAGGCAGCAAUCCAGCCACCACUGUCAAUGUAUCUCACCUUCUUUAUGCGGAUGACACUCUCAUUUUUUGUGGAACUGACAGGCAACAAGUCUCCAAUCUAAACACCACCCUUAUAGUUUUUGAAGCUAUAUCUGGACUCUAUAUUAACAUGCUCAAAAGUGCUAUAUAUCCGGUUAAUCAGUAUAAGGCAUUUUGGCUAUAUCUGGUGCGUCGUCUACUUCCUGCUGAGUUGGUGUUCUUUCUUUUGCUGCCAACUCCUAAAGGCGAAGGGGCCAAGCCACUUGUGAAGCUUGUGCAUUUUGCUCUUGGUAGAUGCGAGUAA